AUGCCCAUAGAAAUAAGUACCUCGAGUCUUUUAGGGAUUUCAGUACUGCCUUCUACUGGUCUGUUCAUUGGGCUAAAAGUACCAGCUCCUCGUGUGUCGCAACUCAUAAAGGCGUUCGUGAACAGGACAAUAAUAGAUGUUUGCACAUUUGUACAGCGAAUUAAUCGCAGCUGUCACGCGCAAGGGCCUACUCUAUAUGGUAUCGUGAACAGCUCACACUUGUCACCUCCACUAAAACAGGUGCUUUUUCUGAGAUAG